AUGUAUUUGUUGUGUGCUCACCGUGACUCGACGCCACUUAAUUCCCUGCCAUCUGCACAUCAUGAUGAAAUACCUCGACACGCAGCACUGCACUGUCAGGGUUACGUAGCUUUACUUGGAAGUGACGACCAGAGCUGGGGCUGGAAUCUUGUUGAUAAUCAACUAAUACAUAAUGGCACUCCAGUAAGCCCGUAUCCACGUAUCAACAAUCCACCAAAAUAUCAGACUGAUGAAUCGGAUUUGUUUUUUACAGUCUCAUAA